GGCAAAGUGAGCGAGAGAGACAGAGCCAGAGAAAAGAGUGAGAGAGGAAUUCAGUAUUCUUUAAAUGGAAACCCAGAGCGCAGAGAGGAAAGGGAACGCAGACUGAGAAACCAAAAGAAAAGAAGAAGAAAAAUCAGGAGAAAAAAAAGUGGAGGCAGAUUCGUUUUACGCACUGGGAAACAGUGACAUAGUUGAAGAAAGGAACAGGGAAAAAAAAGGAAGAACAGAGGAUUUUUUUUUCCUUUCUCUAAAUGUGUUUUCUCCCACUUCUAUGACUCAAACAGGAUUCAGCUUAAAUGCGCCCGGUCGGGAGGGAUUGAUGGUGUCUUUUUGGGGAAGCGGAGCCGAGGGGAGGAAUCUGAAUGCGCUCGGCUGAACCAUGCCAGCCCUGUGGAUCAUAACUUUGGCGAUCACUUUCAACCAAGCGUGGGGCGUUCGUUUCUCCCAGGAGCCGGCCGACCAGUCGGUGGUGCUGGGUGAACGGGUGGUGCUCUCCUGCGUGGUCUUCAACUACAGCGGCAUCGUCCAGUGGACCAAGGAUGGCCUGGCCCUCGGCGUCGGAGAAGGUCUUCGAGCCUGGCCCAGGUAUCGUGUGCUCCGGGCUCUGGACAUCGGCCAGUACAAUUUGGAGAUCUCCCACGCCGAGCUCUCUGACGACUCCCUGUACGAGUGUCAGGCCACGGAGGCCGCCCUGCGCUCCAGAAGGGCCAAGCUCAAUGUACUCAUCCCGCCCGAGGACCCGGUGGUGGAGGGAACCCCGGAGCUCCUGCUGAUGGCCGGGACUCCAUUCAACCUGACCUGCGUGACCCGCGGGGCCAAGCCUGCAGCCCACAUCCAGUGGACCAAGGAUGGAGUGGCUGUGGAGGGAGCUCACCAGUCCACGGAGGUGUUGCCAGACAGGAAGAGGGUGACGACCAGGAGCUACCUGCCCAUCACGCCGGUCGACACUGACAGCGGCAGUAAUUUCACCUGCGUGGCCAGCAAUCCCGCCGUGCCGAUGGGCAAACGAGCCACCGUCACCCUCAACGUCCACCAUCCUCCUACAGUGACUCUGUCCAUCGAGCCGCGCUCUGUUCUGGAGGGCGAGAGAGUUACCUUCACCUGCCAGGCCACUGCCAACCCCCCCAUCAUGGGCUACAGGUGGGCUAAAGGGGGCGUCCUGCUGGAGGGGGCCAGGGAGAGCAUGUUCAUCACCACGGCCGACCACUCCUUCUUCACCGAGCCCGUGUCCUGUCAGGUGUUCAACGCCGUGGGAAACACCAACGUCAGCAUCCUCGUGGACGUGCACUUUGGCCCAAUACUGGUGGUGGAGCCCAGGCCGGUCACGGUGGAUGUGGAUUCCGACGUCACGCUCAACUGCAAGUGGUCCGGAAACCCUCCCCUCACCCUCACCUGGACCAAAAAGGGCACCAGCACGGUGCUAAGCAACAGCAACCAGCUGUAUUUGAAGUCGGUGAGCCAGGCUGAUGCAGGCCAGUACGUCUGCAAGGCCAUCGUGCCCCGGAUCGGAGUGGGAGAGACAGAGGUUACGCUCACAGUCAACGGCCCACCCAUCAUCUCCAGUGAUCCCGUCCAGUUCGCCGUCCGAGGGGAGAGAGGGGAGAUCAAGUGUUAUAUCGCCAGCACCCCCCCACCCGACAAGAUUGUUUGGGCGUGGAAGGAGAACGUAUGGGAGAAGGAGAAAGGCACCCUGAUGGAGCGGUACACCGUGGAGCAGAGUAAACCUCCGUCCCAGGGCGGGGCUGUCCUCUCCACCCUCACCAUCAACAAUGUGAUGGAGUCCGACUUCCACUCCCCUUACAACUGCACCGCCUGGAACUCCUUCGGACCCGGGACCAUGAUCAUCACUCUGAAGGAGAAAGAUAUUAUUAUUCCAAUAGGAAUUAUCGCCGGGGGUACGGUGGGCUUCUUCAUCCUGCUGCUUAUGUUCCUGCCGGCGCUCGCCUUCUUCCUCUACCGCCAACGCAAAGGCAGUCGCCGUGGUGUCACCCUCGGUAAACCGGACAUCAAGGUGGAGACGGUCAACAAAGAAACCCACAGCCUGGAGGAGGAGGCGACCAACGUCUCCACGGCAACCCGUAUGGCCAAGGUCAUGUACUCCUUUCUGCCCUCUGUUUCCCUCUCUCCCUCCACUCAGCCGUUCAAAGACGACAUGGACCUGAAGCAGGACAUCAGAAGUGAGAGCGACACCCGGGAGGAGUACGAGCUCAAGGAUCCAACCAACGGCUACUACAACGUCCGAGCCACCACCCACGACGAGGCGCGGCCCCAGUCCCGGGUCAUCCACUACCAGGGAGAGUUUCGCUCUCCAAACCCAAACAGCGGACCGUCCGGUGCCACGUCCAGCGUUCCCCAGGCUGCUGCCAGCGGUGCAGUCCCCCCCAGCGGAGUGCCAGGCUCGAGGGCAGGCUGUUACGACCCCCGCCCGCCUUCCAGGAUGUCCCACGCCACCUACGCCCAAUUCAACACCUUCACCAGGGCAGCACAGAGCCAGCAAGCGCCUCCCAAUCCGGCUCUUCAAUCACCUGGAGAUUACCCCGGAGACUGCGGCAUGCUGGACAGCACAACCCAACUGGCAUACGACAACUACGGAUACCCUUCCCAGUAUCCCAGCUACCGCAUGGGCUUUGCUCCACCAAUAGAGGAAGGGCCGGCCUAUGAGAUGUAUCCGACAGGACAAGGGACUGGGCCGGGUCCAGGGCCAGGACCGGGACCAGGACCGGGACAACAGAGUCCUGAAACAGGGCUGGGAAAGUACGGAAGCUCCACUCGCUUCUCGUACUCAUCUCCACCCUCUGACUAUUCCCAUAGACACACACAACGGAUGCAGACUCAUGUUUGAGAAGCGGAUGUACACAGUCUUGGACUUGCUUUUUUUUGCGACAGCCAUACUUGUUAAACACAAAAAUAAUUUCAAAUUACGGAAAAAAACAAAACAAACAAAAAAAAAUCCACCCGUUGAUACAUUUUUUGGUUUUCGUUUCCCCAGCAGCCACCGCAUGUGAUUUAGUCCGGCGUCCGAAUGGACACUGAACACAUCGCGCCACAUAUAAGUCGUAUAUAAUGUAGUUAGCAGCAAUACAUAGGCUACGACAUGCAAAGCGACACGCAUUUACUCCGACGAGAGCAACAGCGAGAGCCACAAUCAGGAGAAAAGAGACAAAACCAGAAGAAGAGCACUUUGAAGACUCAGAGAAGAGGAGAAUCAGGAGGUGCAGAGGGACGUUUUCUCUUCCUGCCGUCCUCACCUUGCUGUUUAACCAUCUCCCUGAAUCACACGGUCCUCCCACCACAUCUCUGUAAAUAAGUGCAAAUGGAGAUUUGGGUAAAGUUGUACAAACCUGUACAUUGUGACACGGUGACCUACAGCAAACCCUCUGUUAGAAACACUUUGCGUUUCCUGACUCUCACAUAUCUGCAGACACACACAAACACAGACGAAUCUUUAAAAAAUGUUUUCAUGUAUUGCAGCAUCGGGGCAGCUUGGACUUUAAAUACACCUGGCACUUUUUGAUCCCCUUUCCUCACUAAAAACUUGCCCUGUGGCGAUUUUCCCGACCAGAUCUACCUUGAUGUAAGUGGGACAAAGCUUCUUAAGGUGGUACAGUGAGUGACCAGAGUGCCAAUGCUUAUGUGCCAACACACACACAAACUCUUAAUGUGUGUCUCCUUUUAUAAAGCGUGGACAAUGAGAUGCUCCGGACGACGAGGUUUUGUACAUGCUACACAAGAAGAAAGGAGCGGUAGCAAGCGCCUCUGUGCUCCUUCGCCUCCUCAUCUCUCAUUUUUAUCAUCGCGAUGCGUUUCUAUACCCAACGUUUCCCUUCGAGGUCGAUGCUAUAAGCAGUAUUUGUGAAGCGAGGUGUGGCGCUUUUUUCAUUCAAUGAAUUUCUGCAAUUUGUACAAAAAGAUACCUCCCCUACCCUCAAGUGUCAAAAAAAAAAAAAAGUAUUUGUUUCUCUCACUUGCACAGUAGAGUAGAUUUUUUUUUCCAUAUUUAUACGGAAACGUAUGAAAAAAAAAUGGCAUUCAGAAGCAUUUUAUAAUAUUUUUAUAAGGAGUUGUGGACCAAAGGUUCAGCGUUUUGGGUGACACUCACUUUUUAAUGUGUACGUUGGCAAUGUGAUCGUCAUUGGAAAAGAGACGGAUGGCGUUUUUAAAGUGGAUGUUGUAGAUUUAAAUUAGAAAACCUGAAGAGAUUCACUCCAAAAUGAUGAAUAUCCACCACAAAUUUUCUGUGGUGGAUAUCUUUGUUUGGUGCGAAGCUCUUUUCUCUGACCUCCAGUUCUUCUGACUGGACUGCCUUUUUCAAAACGUUGACGACAUUCUGAACGAUGGAUGGAGAAACAGCAGCUGCUCACUUUGAGCUGUACAUUUUGUAAGCGUCGAGAAGGUUUAAACGUGGUCUAACAUAUCAAAGUGAAGGUACAGCGGGUUCUAUCUAGCUCAUAAGGUACUUUGUACAUUUGAAAUAUGUGUACGUGUGCUGGUUUCCUCGCUGCAGCAGAGAGUUUGGUGGCGUUUUGUGUCCCAGGUUUUUUCCUUUGUGUUGUGUCAGCUUUGGGUACGUGUGAUUGGUCGUUAAGUCCCAUUAAGGUUUGUAAGGAUCAGCAUUUAAAAAGGUUGCUAAACUAAAACUAAAAUUAAAAAAAAAAAAAAAGUUGGCAUUUUAUGCCAUAUUUUUUUAUCAAAAUCACUCAACUUUGCACAUUUAUAAACGGUUUAUGCUUCUGCUUCAGUCCAGACCCUAACGAGGUAGCCUCACCUCUCAAGAAAUGUAACUACGAGCCACGAAGACGCAGACCUCCAGAGCUGUGAUUGGUACGCUUGGUAGUAGCAUGUUUCUGCUUUAAUAUUUCCGGCUGCAUGUCCGUCUACGCAGUUUCCACAUUGAUAGUUUUGGAUCUACAAUGUUAGAAAGGUUGACUGAGAGGGUACAAUUAGGGAUGGGCAUCAAUACGAUUUUAUUGAUACCAAUGCCGUUAUCAAUUCUGCUCAUCUUUAUCAAUUCCCUUAUCGUUUCCUCCUUUGAAUUUUUGGUUUAGAAAAAGAAGGCGUGUAAACAGCAUAAAGUUUCUAAACAAGAGAUAAGAGCUUGUGUGAGAAAACAAAUGCCGUGUGUCGUUGCUUCAGCUUGCUUGUAAUUUUGGCGCUGCAUAAGUUGCACGUUGCGCUGUUACAGUCCCAUCUGGUGGAGUGAAGCCACACUUUCCACCAUUUCUGUCUCUCCGCCACAGUGUCUUCCUUGUCGUCACGUGACGUUAAUGAUGUACUUCGGCGUAAAGAUUCUUCUUCUUCUUCUUUCGUUUUAUGGCACUUGGCAAACAACUUUUAGGUGCAUUACCGCCACCAUCUGGACUGAGACUUAAAGAUGUGGCACGAAAAGAAUCGGUAAUUGGAAUCGAUAAGCAUGAAGGCUAAUGAUAUGGAUGAACUGAACCAGUUGGAUGCGCAUCCGUGUGUACGAUUCACCGAAAUUUCAACAAAAUUCAAUGUUGAAUGCAAAGAAAGUGAAGCAGGUAGAAACGAAAAUGAUCCCGACGAAGAAGCAACGACUAGCGUAGGCUACUACGUAGGUUACGGCGUCUAUGUCCCGUAGAGGCAUAAACCACUUCGAUUUAAACUGUCUUUAUCCUUUCACUGUAUACUCACACUAGGACUACACAGCGGCCUUGAAUUUACAAGGUCCUUCCCUCCUCUUUACUGGACAGACAAGAGAGACAGACAGACAGACAGCAAUAUGGAUCCACCCAGUUGUAUCUUUAUCCUGCAUCUUCAAGCAGUUAAAAAUGAGAACAGAUGAUGAGACCCCAGGCUGCACCAUGAAGCCAGAGAUCUCAGCACCUCCAGAGGUAAUCAUUGACUGUUUAUACUUAUCAGCCGUCCCAUCAGCCCUACACAGUAUAUUAUGGUAAUUGUGUGCUAAGGGGUUGUAAAAAAAAAAAAAAAAAAAAAAAAACUGUAUUUAUUGACUCAGUUUUGAAUCAACACUGCAGAGCAAAAAGGAAACCAGAGGCACGGCGCUUCAUA